UGCGACAACACCAAGAGUAGAAAAUUUCUUGUCGGCACGUGUUCCCCGGUUAUUGUAACAGAAACCUUGUUCUCGAGAGGAGGAACUUAGGCCCUGAGGGCAAACUAACUUGAUCGCAGCGGGCACCAUUUAUCGAUUCUCUGAACACAUGACACUUUGUAUGUGGUAAUGAUCUCACUGCAAAAAUAUUCCAAUACGCUCGAUAGAAUUUCUACAUAUUGCUAUGAAGUGUGUUGUCUUGUUCAUUUGAGUUCUUAUUGAUAAUGCUUUUGAAAUACACAAGCAAGCAAAAACUAAUGAAGCAAUGUCCCGACGUUUCAGCGACCUCACGACGCCAUUAUAAAACAAUUAAGGCCACGUUUGAAUGUACAAACAGAUUCGAUCCGCCCUAAAGUCUUCGCCUAACUUAACUUCAUUUAUGUAAAUCUAGAGGUCUUAGCUCUUUUGAACUCGCUCUCAUUUAUUCAUUCCUUGAUGACGGCGUCGUGAGGUACGUCGCCGAAACGACGGGCCAUUAUAUCUUUCGUCUUUACUUGCUUAUGCAUAUGAGUUCUGCUACCCAAAUUAAGCAAAGAUCCGAACCAACAAAAAAUCUUUACUUAAUGUGGUUAUUAUAAUUUCUUUUUAAGGUAAGCAACAAGAGUUUUAAAAAUAAAGCUGGAUACUACCUCAUUGAAGGGGCCAAUCAUGGCAUAACUGGAACAACAAGCCUGUCGCAGUGUCAAAUGAGCGGAGUGUUCGAAGUUGGAAAAACCAAUGGAAUACCUUUCUACAAGAACAAGGCUUCUGGCUGGUACUUGGCCAUAAAACCUAACGGACAGGUCUACAUGACGCCAGUGGAGAACAACGACACGCAAAUCUACUCCGUAACAGACAGCACAGAUCAACACAUUGUUUACUUGUAUCGUAUCGUUAUUACUUCUGGCGAAAAAAAACGUCUAUACCUGGAUAUUACUCCACAGAGCAGGACAGUAGACGUUAACUCUACCAACCGCACAACACAAUUCAAUGUUAGAAGCGGCAAAAAAACCUGUUAGUGCGUAACCCCAUUAUAGGACAUUUUAUCCAUCUUUAGAACUUAUCAAUCCCUUAAAAGUUAGAACUAUCUCUAAUAAGUUUUAAGUUUCGUUUCGCUGUAACGUUGCCAAUAAUUGACUGACUAACUGACCGGCUGGCUGACCGACUGACUUACUGACCAACUGGCUGACUGACUGAUUGAUUGAUUG